ACACACACAAGCUGGUUCCUUCAUCACAGAGGUUACUUAAGACCCACAAGGUGAGUGCUAACACCUCCGGUCCCAUUGUGUGAUGCUACUAAUUUUCAGCCGUGAUUAGAGCAACCUGACAUGCCAUUUAUCUUCAGAUAUCUUCAGUGAGAAUACCCUCAUAUGCAUACACACAGUUUUUUAAUCAAUCUAACACUAGUGGUGAUGGAUGCAAACAUGCUUUUAUGCUCCACAACCAGAUAGAUUUUAGGUUAAAUUGCUUUUCAACAGGUAUCAUUGUUUCACACGUUCCCUCUCUGACCUUCCUCUCCUUCACCCUUAUCCUUUCUGUGGCUCGGCUGCUCUAAUGAUGAUCUACUGUCUCAGACACAAACCUCCGACAUCCUGGGUAAAAUUAAAGACUGGAACAGCUUCACUGAAGAGUCAAAGAAGGGAAAAUAAGAACCAGAUGCACAUACACACACACACACACACACACACACACACACACACACACACACACACACACACACACACACACACACACACACACACACACACACACACACAUACACACACACACACUCCUAUUGAUUGUCCUGAGAGUUUGGGCUUGUGUACAGGCACAGGAGGAAUGUACUACACGCCAAUGUAUCAGAGCAAAGCAGAAAAAAAUCAGGACACACAGGAUUAACACACACACAAGCAGUUUGCACUGGGAGAAUAAGCGAGAGAGUAAGGGAGGGAGGGAGGAAAAGAGGGAGGCAGAGAGGGAGGAACGAAAGGCUCAUUUAAUGAGUAGACCAAGGCAGAUGUACAUCGGAGAGAGUAAGAGGUGGGAUGGAAAGCUGACCGGAAAUACAAAGAGAUAAAAGAAUAUAUGGCAGGGGAAAAAAGAAGAUUUGCGAUAUAUACUUCAUUUUUGGAAUGAAUGAUUAACAAGGAAGGAGAGUAUUGAACAGGAGAGAGAAACGAAUGAGAGAAAAGAAGGGAUACGGCACUCUUGUUUACAGUGAGGCAGAAAGACAUCUGGAAUCAAGGAGACCAAUCAAGCAGCACUUGUAAUUGCAGUCAAACAGCCUCUGAGGACUAAGAAAUGACAUGAUCUGAUGCUGAGACACAAGAAGUUUUCCAACUAAUGAGACCAUACAGGACAUGCUGACUUCAACCUACACACUUUGCUUUCCAUGAAGCAUAAUCAAACUCGGACAGAACAUGCAAACUAAGAGAGGUCCCUCCCCCUUUAGCUGUGGCUCUGGGGGUUGAGCCAAUUGGCACAGGCCAUGGGCCGAAAGGCAGCUGACACGACUAAUCCAGUGCCAGAGCUGGGCGGACGAGGAGUUCUGUCACAGAAAUGGGGACCUCUUUGCAGUGUAGGGGUGCAAACAUCACCAGGACUGCGCUCACUUCCCUCCUUAAAGAGGAGGACUCAGACAACAGGCAUGGCCUGUGGGAAUUCUGUCCCUGUAGAAACCAUGUCUCUAGACAGAGCAAAGCCCAAUUUGGGGCAAUUUCGGAACUGCACAAGCAAAGUGUCCCAGGAUGAGACAUCACAAGAUGGCAGUGUGUACUGCCAGAUCAAAUCUAGCCAAACAAACCCCAACCAGUCAGGAUGCAGGGGAAAUUUCAAACGGAACCCCCGUUUCAUUAAUGGCAGCGUAGUGGCCUCUGAGUUGGUAGAAGGGGUCUGUAGUGAGGGGGUGGAAAUAGGAGAAGUGGGUAGUCAAAGAGAGACUGAAAUGCGAAUUCAGAGGCGGGUUCAAUCACUAAAAGGGGAGAAGACAUGCCCUACAGUACAGUGUGGAAGUGCGAGGUCAUAUGCCACACACCCCCGACCCUGCCGGGUAAUGACCUCAUGCAGACCAUGCACAGCAUGUGGAAGAAAAUUACAAGCUCCAUCCUGCAUUGCACCCGCAUGCCAUAAACGAGAGACCAUUCAGAUUCGAGAAAGCAUGACCCUUCCAAUGCCUCCUAAAAAAGACACACCUAGACUGAAGAAACAGCAGUCUACAGACACAGUCCCAACUCACACUUCUAUCACUUCCCCUCAUGCUGGGAGCAUACACAUAGAGAACUCUUUUGAUAAAAGUAAUAGAACCACACAGGAAGCAAAUUCUCGACCAAAUGAUCCAUCCACACAAACACACAAAAAAUCUACAACAAAUACUAUACAAAUAUCUAUAAAUUCAUGUAAACGACAAACGUCAGUACACCCACAAUCCCACAAAUUACAGACAGGAACAUUGAAAAAUAAAACACAGCCAACAGAAUCAACAGCAGCUCAAAAACAACAUACCCCAAAAGAGGUACAGCUCACAGCAGACUACAUGAAUAACCAAACUUAUGCAACUAUUGCAUCUGCUUCUUCAUCUGUCUCUGUCAGCCCUAACCCUCCUCCCCCUGUGCUUUCUAUUCGAUUAGAAUCGCAAACCACACCCACUCUCCCACCUAAAAAUGCCUCCCACUGUAAACCUCCAGAGCAAAAAACAAAACUGGAAUCAUCAGAUAUGCAGAAUGGCUCAGAGACCAAAGCAUCAUCCAAAUCCCAACCCCCCAACCAAGAGCCAAAAACUGCGACAGCCCCAGAAACUAAACCACAAAUUGUAGAUUAUCAGCAUGUAAAGAAGAACCUGGCAGAAUCACAGAUCCCACUGUGUAAUGGUGUGCCAUCAACAAUACAUGGACUACUGCAAAACAUUGAAGAGAACCUGCUGUCCAACCAAGAGAAGAUUAAGGUUCUUCUCAAUGUCAUUCAGGACUUGGAAAAGAGCAAGGCAAUGAGUGAGGGACGCUGUUCUUACAGAACAGGGCAGGAUAUCAACAACUGCUCGACCUGCCAGAGAACAGCCUGCAUCAUUUACAGUGUGGAGCAUGAUUUCCGAUUGCAGGAAGGCCGCUUUCAGGGUGUCCUUGAGACAUUGGACAUGGAGUAUGAUGUUCCUUCAUUCCCUAAACCUGAUCCCUCUCGACCACGAAACAAGAACCGCAUCAAGAAACUCCGUAAGAAGUGCUUCUGGUGGCUAUAGCCUUCAGCAAUGGCUUCCAAGGCAACGAUUACCAUGAGCAUUGCUAUUACGGUGAAAGGCUUUGUGCAUUCCAAUUACAUGAGACAUCCAAUGUCUGUAGCCAAGGAACAACUGUGGGAAAGUUUGACUUGCAAUUCUGGAGUUACACCAGCACUGUCAUUAUGGAUGUAUUAGAUUCAUUCCUACAGUGUAGCUGAUAAUGAAUAUAAAAGAUUAUGGCUAAUAAUCUCAUGUAAAAUAUGGCAAGUCCUGAGAACAAUGGCUUUAAUCUGUGCUCUCCUUUUGCAAUCCAAGAAUUACUUUUUGUGUCCUUUUCAUGUUUUAAAUUUUCUGUCUAAAGACCAGCCAGUCACACAUACCAGGAAGACGGAAACUGUAAGGCAUCUCUGAAACCCCAGGAGACCCAAGAGAUGGAGACUCAGGCAGUCAAUAGACCCUCCUUGAUGAGUGACAGAACUGUGAUUCAAUCAAUACUGCCCUUCACGGUGACUGUCGGAACGCUAACCCAAUAGAGACGAUCUGUCACAAAUGGCAGUAUUUCAUCACUGCGUUCCCUGACUGAAGGUGAAAUGUAGACUUAAUCGGCACUAACUGCAGUCUAACUCAAUGUGGUUAUAGGACUCAUUAAAAUGAGUAGAGCAGAUACAAUCAUUCUGAUUUUUGGAGCUGGUUGUUUCAAGUGUGACAGUCUUCUUCAAGGGUGUUGCAGGAUUUGCAUAUAAUCCAGCACAGGAAUUUAAAAGUCUGGGUAAUAUUCCAGCAUUUUUCAUCCUAAUCCCUAUCCUCCAUGUCUACAAAUCGUUCAUUUAUUAGCCAGCCUACUAGGCAAAUACUGUAUCUAAUAUGCUGCAAUGUUCCCAUUUUUGGUCAACCAUAAACUAAUAGACUAAAAAAGUAUCAAAACCAAGUUUGCGCCUUUUCACCAGAUCACAAGUAAAGCUCCCAAUGAUGCCACAGCCAUCUGUGGCCAGGAACCAAGGGCCCAAAAUCUGCCCUGCUUUCAGGGUGGGAGGGAUUGUAUAUUCUCUCUCUCCUGCCAAUCAUAUUGAAAAUAGCAAAUCACAAGAGUCUGUGAGCUUAUGUAUGCUGAAGGGGACAGAAUGCCAAGUGAUUCUGCAUUAAAUAUAUGCUGGUGGUUGGCUUCAGGUCAAGCAGAUGUUAGCCUGUCAUGUGCCAGGGGAGACUAAGCUAGCUAGUUGGAGAGAAUUACUGUAGCAGGUGAUCAAUUUUAAGAAAAUGAGGGAAAUAGUAUAUGUGUUAUAUAAUAACAUGCCGAGCUAGUUAUGUACAUUAAUAAAGGUUUAGGAAAUUAAAAACAAAUGUAUGAUUCAUAUCCUCAUGUAAAUUUAUUUAUUUAUUUUUUUUUUAAUUUUUUUUAAAGGAUUACACUAUAAAACAGUUUUAGUAUGAUUUCACACGACUCUCUCAUAUUUGCUCAUGCUGUAGUUUUAAAGUUGCGUUAUAAUUAAUCUUUAUUGAGUUCAGUAAUUGGCCUUAGGAGUUCAGAGAGAAGGAAUAUUCUAUUUUAUUCACAGAAAAAGGAUGUGCUGCUAAUCGUAGAUAUGCUACAGAAUGCAAGAAAUAGAGAUUAGGAUGAAAAAGUGGAGUAUUUCUACUUAAGCCCUGUUCCCUCGCAUUACCACUUGCCUCCAAGUUGCUCUCCAUAGCAAUAUAUUUUUUGAGAUUAAUGUAAACAAUGUAUACAAGACACAGAUGAGAAAAAACUGUGUAUAUAUGCAUUAUAGUUUCACAGUAUGAUUCAUUAGUGGAAAGAACACGCGCGCUCACACAGUCUUCCAGUGUUUUUCUGUCUUGAUCGUAAACAUCUCCAUUAAUGUAUUUUUGUAAGCUGCUAUUUUAAUAGGCUAAAAUGACAUUACCCAGGAUUCUCCCUGCCACCUUUAGCUGUAGCCACAGCUGUUUGUAAGUGGUUUAUUUGAGAUGAUAUGAAUAAAAUAUGUAUUUUGAUGCAGUGAUUGGUUCCACUCUGCUGAGGGGUAAGAAAUGUUUUGUCUUUCACAAGGCAUACACAUUUUUCACAAGGAUACACACUACAUACACACAGCAUACUGCAGUUCUUACUUCUUGGAGCAAAAUCUCCUUUGAAUAGCCAGAUUUAACAAAGAGCACAACUUUUCAAGGCUGUUAAAACAACAAAUGUGGUUUUUUUAUAUACAGUAAGACAUCAAAAAAAAAAUGUUUGUUUAAUAGGCAGUAUAAAAUGGACCAUUAAGAGAUGCCUUUUAAGACCAGUUUAUGUUCGGUCAGGCUGAAUAAAUCAACUGGUGCUCAGUUGGAAAGUUUAAAAAGGAAACAAUUUACUGAUGAAAAAAGGAUGAAGAAAGAAAUAAUUGUGAUAAAUGGCUCUAAUCUAAAAGCAGUAAAUAAAUGCAGCACAUAGUGAGAAAUGGACAUGAUUAAAAGAAAUGGCCAACAAGCAUAUCAG